AUGUCUGAGAAUACUCACAGUAAGGAGCGGUGGCAGCUUCUCCAUAGUCUUCGAUCAACUGUGGAGGGUCUGCUGAUCGAUGGGGUUUCCAAUGUAUGGAAUGUUUAUGGUGGCCUAAAUCGACUGCACAGUAUAAUGGAACUGAUAUUCAAGCAUGGCUGUCGUAUAUUUGAUCCCAAUGGUGAGCCAGAUUGCUGGAUAUUUAUUCAAGGACUGAAUUGGCUUCAACCAUCUCUGGCGACGUCGCCAAUAUUGUCGGAAAAUGAAGAUUAUUUAUGCAAUUUGCCAGUUAGGAUAACAUCUAAGAAAGAUAUGUUGUGGCUGUACAAAAGUUUAGAGGGUCACUCCCUAUCACACAAAUUAUCGUGGCUUCUAUCAGAUAAGGAACAUUUGCUUUCUUGUCUGGAAUCAUGGGCCUUUCUCUGUCAAGAAAACUUGGCGGAAGCGACGCUUUUAUACCUAAGAGCGGUCGAGAGGAAUCAGCCUGUGCUACUCGCGGAAAUUGAUCCCUGCUUGUUUUUGCCAACGUGGAUAUCUCCUAAAGCGAGCCCCAAGCGACAUCGUCGCUCGUCCUCGUAUCCGGUAAAUUUUUCUGGUGUUAGUCACAUCUUACGAGACAAGAGCACGAGUGUCCUUAGCAGAUGUCAAUUGGAAAAACUGAAGGCUUCGACACAGUCUGUGUCGCAUGACAUUGAUAGUACUGAGAAUCAGAUAUCAAAGUCCAUACAAAUUAUCGCUGAUAAUGCACAAAGGGAUUCCAAGAUUGAUGACGUACCACUUAAAACGUGGAAUAGUUUGCCCGCUUUGGCCAAAAAUCACAACGGCGCAGUCGUAGAGAAUUCAGCCACGAUGUCGUCGACAAUUCAAGAAAGCAACAAUAGCAGUAACCGAUCUCGUACCAUUGAAUUGGCGGAGAUCAUCAAUAUCAAUUACUCGGAUUCGAAACAACCCGUUGAUUCCAAUAUGGAUAAGCUCAUAGCAAAGCCAAAAACACCCAUUAGGAAGACGAGAAAUCGGACGAAAUCUAGACAUAAUCGAAAUAAAAAAGUCUCUGAAAAUCCGGAAGUUUUCUCGAACGUUCACGAGAGAGACAGGAAUGUAGUUGAGGAAACACAGCCAAUCACAAUCGCAGAAUCGACGGAGAUGAAUACGUUGAAUCAAUGGACGACGCGCAAAAAGACGUCUUUUUUGGUGGGCUCGGCACCCGAGUUUACGGGUUCCUGGAGCUCGGAAGUGGAGGGUCAAAAAGACAUUCGUACGCCGCGAAAGAGUUUCAUGGAAGACGGCGGUAGUAGCGUGCAGCCAAUGGCGACCGGUUACUUCCCACGUCCAGCCGAAGGCCAGAGUUUGACCAGCUUUCUAUCUUCAGCGCGAUUCUCGCGCGCUCAUGAUGCUGAGCUGGAUCGCGAAAACGCGCACUUCAGCGUCUGCGAGGCGAUGAUUGCUGCCAUUGAGCAAGUCAAGUGCAACCGGUUGCAGCAACAUCUGUUGGACGACGCGGUUGACGACGAGAGUGACGAGGAGAUAAACCGGCUGAAGCAACGAAUCCGGCUGCGUCGUCGGCAACGCCAGGAGGAGAAGUGUAGAGGUAAAGGUUGGAGUCGCGGUGAUCUGUUGAGCGACGGCAGGACUGACACGACCACGACCACCGAUCAGAGCGUCAGCCCCUUGUCCACGUCCUCGGGUAGUUCCUCGGACAACGUGUCCACAGAGGACUCUGAGCUGGAUGACGAGCGGAGGUUGAGAAACGGUGGCAUGUCCGCGUCGACUGCGUCGUUCUCGGAUGUGGAAUCGCGUGUGGCGAGGUUUGCCACGGACUCCAAUGUGAGCGAGAGCAGCGUGUCCGCUGAGGGGGUAGCUCUGUCCCUCAUCAGUCGUUUCAGUGAGAAACAGCUGCCGAGGGCGAGUGAAUUGCAAUGGCUAGUCUCGGAAAAGGAUGCGCCGCAACGCUUGCUACCGAUGCCAAAGAGUUGGCCAGUCAGUCCUGACGAGGUUGAAAUUGAAGACGCGCGGACUAUUCCGCUGAGAGGGACAGUCGAAUGGGCUCCGCCGCGUCCGCAGAUCAUCUUCACACCUCAUCCACCACCAGUAAGACGGAUGCUAAUAGCGAAGCAGAAUUAUAGGUGUGCGGGUUGCGGUAUGAAGGUUGCUGUGAAGUAUGCCAACCGAUUUCGUUACUGCGAAUAUCUAGGUCGAUACUUCUGCACGGGGUGUCACACGAACCAAGUGGCAUUUAUACCAGGGAAAAUUCUAUCGAAAUGGGAUUUCAAUCGAUAUCCUGUAUCGAAUUUCUCAUAUCGAUUACUGGAUCAGAUGAUGUCAGAUCCGCUAUUCCAAGUGAACGAUUUGAAUCCGCUACUAUACAGGCGAAUAAAGCAAUUGGACAAAACAAGACUCCUGCGUACAAAAUUAUUUUUUCUCAAGGAUUUCUUAUACGCGUGUCGAUUUGCGACCAGUCUUCAAGAUGGGUUGAAGAAAGAACCAAAUUACAUAAUAAAUGAGCCGCAUGUGUACUCAAUUCAAGAUCUAAUAAACGUUAAGCUCGGAGUGCUGUACGUCAAGUUGCAAGAGCUAGUUCAAAUUUGUUGUGCGCAUAUAGUAGAUUGCGAGUUGUGCCAAGCCAGAGGAUUUGUCUGCGAGCUAUGCUAUUCCAAGGAUGUGAUAUUUCCAUGGGAUCUGUCAAAAGUAAUACGAUGUGAAAAAUGUGGUGCGUGCUUCCACAUCGAUUGUAAGCAUAGUUCCAACAAACUCGAAUGUCCUCGAUGCACGAGGUUAAACGCAAGACGAAUCUCAAGGGAUGAGAAGCCCUGACGAAUGAAGAGAGCGUUUUUUAUUGCGCUAUUCAAAAUGAAAUAUGUACAUUAAGCAUGCGAUAAACCAUUCAAGUCUAGAAGAUGUCUUAUCAGACUUAUCUCAGACAGUCAAAAAUUCCAACACAGAUUUAGGUUUUAUAGAUGUCUUUUGGACUUUAAUGUUGUCUGAGAUAUUAUUACUAAUUUAUGUAAAAUAUAGAAUUUUCCAACUUAAAUGUAAAAAAUUCUUGGGAGUGUUUAGGAGAUGGACAAAUUAAGAAAAAAAGUCCUUUAGUGAAUUGCUCGUUUUUGUUUCAUUUUAGAGAAAAUCACAAUUAUUUUUUUCAUUUAUUUAUUAUUUACAUGAUAAUUUCUUUAGUUAAGGGGAUGUUGACGAUAAAUUCGUUUUACAGGUUAAAUUAUUAUUUUUAGAUACGAAAUUUUUUUAUUGAUUACAUAAAAUUAUAAAUUUUUUUCCACAAUUAAAGUAUAGAUAAAUUAAUGAAAAAAUGAAAAUGGUUUUUACCAUUUUUUUCCAAAACGAAACAAAAACAAAUUAUUAAAAGACUGUUUUUAGUUUGUUGAUCCUCCACACAUUUCCAAAAUUUUGAUUUAAAUUUGGGAUCUUCUGUAUAUUGAACAACACUGUAUUCAAGAAAAUAAUAAGAUUCUUGAAUACAUGAUUUGUUAGAUAGACAAUUUGUUAGAUAUUAUAAAAUGAAAGUCAAUUUAUUCGAGCUUAAUUAUAACUUCUGACAUAUUCGACGUAGACAGCUGCAAGAUUAAUUAAAGGUGGACAUUAGACUGUAAAUUAAAUUGGGUAAAAACGUAUGACCUAAGAACAAGAACCCAUAGAAGUUCAGAUUUUUUUCUCUGUUCUCUGCUUCACACUGAAAAAUACUUGUGCCUCAGUCUCGAAGAAAGAAUAUUGAACGAACGAGACGUAUUAUAGCCGUAUUAUAUGAAGACUGAAGCAUUGUGAUAUAUACACGUUGAAUUUCAAUUUUCUUUGGAGCUUUCUUAAUACUAACGUCCACAGGAUGUCUUUUAGACAAUCUUUGGAUUAAUAAAUAUGUAUCAUCUAUGAAAGAUUUUAGAAAAUAUGCAAAUUAAAUUUAUAUUAAAAAAGCACAAACACACAAUACAAUUUAUCAAACAAGUUAAGAUAUUGUAUUUCACAAUAAAUUGUUAUAGUAAAUUUCUUAAAAAUGUAAUGUAUAAUUUAUAUAUACGCGCGCGAAUCCAUACACACAUAAUAAAUAUUGUUCAAAUAAUCUACAAUAUUAUACAUUCGUAUAUAUAAUUAUCCUUUUUGAUAGACUUGGAUAUAGAGAUUUUAACAAUAUUUAUGCAUAUCUAUUCGAGCAUAGCGAGCACGAACAAAAAGUAUUAAUUCUCUGCAAUUAUUUUGUAAUAAGAUUCUUAAGUCAAUGUUAUCGAUCAAUACAAAUAACAUAAAAUUAUUAUGUAAAAAUCGAAUCUAGUAAUAGUAAGUACGUACCUGAUUUUUAUUAAACUCAAAAUAUGUAUAUUUAUUGUUUAUUUAUGGAGAGCGUUAAAAAGCGUGCAAAAUUAUAGUAAAUUUUCAGAAAGAGAUUUUGACAUUUCUGUUAUAUUCUCUCUUGCGAUGUAACUCUAUUACGACUCUUGAUAUAACAAUUAUAACGAAACAUUUAUAAAAAAAACUAUGUAAAACAUGUAAAUAAAAUUGAGAUUCAAAUGAUUA